AGAUGAAUAAAAGGAUGGAUGGAUAUUAUUAGCAAGCAACCAACCACGCAACAAGUGCCCACUGUACUCUCUAUCGAUUCAACAAACUGUUAAUAUUAGAUCCAUUUGUCACAGCUGGCGAGGCAGGCCGUGUGGAGGUAAAGUGAGGACCCAAGUGCAGGCGAAGGUUGGUAUGAGGAGUAAGUUUAUUUAAGGUGGAGAUGGCGAGGGCAGGAACUAAGAAAUAACUAAACUGGUGUAAGAAUGUUUAGCUUAUUUUAGAGUUUAGGAAUGUGUUAGCUAGGAUAGAACUAUUGUAGAGGCACUGACACUGCCCUGGAUGUAAUAAAGGCCUGACUGUGUCAUAAAGUUAGGAGUAGAUUUUAGGAGACCCUCCCCCAGUUGAACUGUGAAUGUAAGACCAAGAAGAGUUAAUGCUGAGUGGAAAUUCACCAGGAGAUACCUGAGUGGGGGUCUCAUUAUUGUAACUGGAUAACUGUGGUCUGGAAGGGAGAUGGACUUUUAUGACCCCCAGGAAGUCACGUAUACAGAGACACACAAACAGUGCUUUAACUGUUACGCACCCACACCCACAUGCACAUUCACUCACGUGCACACACAUACACACAAGUAUGCGCACAUGUAGGCAUUCACGUGCUCGUACACACACAAACAUGUAAACAUAGUGCUUAGUUUUAUGGCACCUCGUAGAGGGAUUAGAAGGGGGUCACUUAUACAAAACUGCAUGGAACAGACAAAGGAGUUGAGAUCUGCAGAGGAAGUCCGGGGUUCUGUACAUCUCCCUUCUAGAAGCUAUAAUCAAUAAGUGUGUAUUAAUAAAAUAUUGUUAAUUGACUACUGAGUCCCGGAGUUUUUUCUGGAAGCCUGACGAAUAUACGAACCGGGGUGGAACUGCUUUUUGCAACAGUUUUGGUGCCGAAACCCUGGGAUUCGCUCGAGGCCCAGAGAGGACGAAUUGGCAGAGCUGAGGUCGUGAAACGAGGCGAACAGAGAGCCGGCUCAAUCAUUAUAAGGUAAGCACCACCUGUUUAUUUUCGAAGUGUGCAGAUUGAAUGAAGUCUAAAUUAUCUGUUCGCUAAGUUGAGCGUAUCUCAGUGUAAAUUCACUCAGUAUGUUAAAGAAACGGUGUGUGAUCCGUUCUAGUGGCGGUGUGUGAUCCGUCUUAGUUAGUAAUUAAUAGCAUCGGUGUUUCAUCCGUGGCGGUGUGUGAUCCGUCUUAGUUAUUAGGAAAAAGUGGCGGUGUGCGAUCCGUCCUCCGUGCGUUAAAGCAGGAAACGUGUUACUAUUAGUUAGAAAGCGGGGCUGAGAGGCCUCGUCGCAGCUGAAGGCUGUGUGCUCAGAGUUUGGCAACUACACCCUCCUUCGGACGCGUCGUUGGGAUUAUAGCCGGGGUGGUGACCUAGGUAGUGAGGGCGCCUUAAAUAACUAAAGCUAGGUGUUGGAUCCUAGUCGUGGUUGAUAAUCUGCAUGAAAGUGGGAGCAAGUUGCUUCAUUGACUGCAGUGUUUGUAGACUGCGUAGUGUGUGUGAAAGCGCCGUUAGAGUCGGCGUCUCGUCUGAAGUACAGGAGUCAAUUAAAGUAAUAAAAAUAAUUUGGGUCUAAAAGUGUGUGUUUGUGGUGUGUAGAAAUCGCGGCAGGAGGCCGUGUCGCGAAUUGUUGCAAACUGUGAAGUCAAUUGGGGGGUUUAAUUUGGUUUUAUUUUUUGGGGGAAGAGAAACUGCGGUACCCAGUCCGUGGCGCAGCUUGAAUAAUUCGUGAGGCAAAUGUGGUGCGAUCUGACGAUUGUGAGCCUAAUUGUCCUAUUUUUGUGAGGUGUGAGCGGACGGCACCCGCUCUUGGUGCUGACCAGGGCGUUCUCCUGAAAUUAGCAGAGGAGGAAGUGUCCUGCAGUGAGUUGUAAAGGUGACUGCGAGAAAUAGGAGGUGUGAGAUAGCCAGCCCCAGGGGGCGGACUCAUUUUUGGGACGAAGGAGGAGUACCAGUGAGGAGAUCAGAGGGGUCCGAGGAAAACUACGGCGACAUCUGGUGGUAAGUAAAGGGAAUUUUAGGUGAGUAAAAUCAUGGCUGAACAAGAGGAGAUUCUUAGAGAAGGAGUGAGGAGUCCAACGGAGGGAGAAAUGCAAUGGAAAACUGUUGAGAAGCAAAAAGAGAAAUUAGGGGAAGCAUUGAAGAUCACCAUGACAGGACACCUAACAGGUAAGAAUGGUAAAAUACUGGAAAUGGGGAAGGAAAUAAUGAGUGUGUGUGAUCAAGCUGGAAUAAAAGGUGAUAUGCGAUGCUCUCUUGCAAAAGUUUUGUUGGAAGCGGCCAAGGCAUCUGAGGAGAAGGAGGAGAAACUCAGGAGAGAGUUGGAUGGAGCAAAUAUCUUGGAGAAGAGGGGAGUUAAGGACCGAAUAAAAGAGGAGGAGGAGAAACGAGCCAGGCUGGCUAUAUGGGGAAUCAGCUGCCAAGGAUUGGAGCACUGGAUGAGGGAACCUGUGGAAGAGGAAGCAUUAAGGAUGGCAGCAUGGAGAAUGAAGAUGGUGUGGUGCUGCGACUAACUGGAGGGCAGGCUGAGUGUGAGUAUGAGGAGCAGCACCGCCCAAGGCCGCAGCAACAAAUGAUAACAAUAGAACCUGAAAAGACAGAGCCACCUGCUGCUCAGGUCCAGACCCAUGUGGAUCAUAAAGAGGAGGAGGACGAGGAAGGAGAAGAAGAACGGUCCAGUGCAGCAGGAGCAACAGCUAGGUCUCCUCCGGAAUUAUUAGCCGGAGAGGCAGAGAGAUUGGUGGAGAUGCUUCGCAAGCGACUCGAAGAAGAAGAACUGACUGAAAAAUUUAAAAAGCAAAAAGGAGUAGCUGAAGGGAAAGCAGUCCCGCCCUCGGAUGUGAGAAAAAAGGUGCAUCUUAAGGUGCACAUACCUAAGGUAAGAGGUGUUGACUCUUGGGAUGGAUGGAUACAGGGCACUCUGGAAGAGGAUAUAGAUGAAUGUAGUGUGCUUCAGAGUGCAGGAGGGGAUGAAGAUGACUCAAGAAGACGCCACGCGUUUGGAUCUAGAAAAGAGCGAGAGGAGAUGGAGGAGCAAUGGCUUCAAAGUGGAGGAAUGCGUGGAGAACAUCCAAUGUUGAGAAGAAGUCAAAUGACAGCGGCAGAAAACCCCCAAAAGGGGGUCAUGGGACAUUCCAAUUAUGCAUUAGAAAUGCCCCUAGUGGUCACAGCAGGGGGUGAGAGACGAUAUAAACCAUAUGGAGUAGGGGAUGUUACAGCCCUAGUGCAGAUGCUCCCACCCAUCAUUGAUGGAGGGGCGGGUUGGCUGAGACAACUUGAUAAAGUGACAUCAGGCACACAGCUCGCCCUGGGGGAUUUUCGAGCCAUAGCUGGCCGGUGUAUGACAGUUACUGCGCUGGAGGAAAUCCAGGUACUGGCAGCUGUCGUCACUAGACCAGACUCUACACCCUUUUUCAGAGUGCAGGAGCAGAUUGGGAAUGCUGUGCGUCAACAAUACCCCACCCCAAAUGCGGCUGCCAUUACAAAGUUAGAAUGGAAGCCUGAUCAAAAUCCCAGAGAUUAUGUAGAGCAGGUGAAAGAGAAGUGGAUGCAGAACACGGGUUAUAACCCUUCUGCACCGGGCCUUCAUCAGGUUUGGUUUAGACAGGCAGUGCUAGAGGGAUUACCAGAACAGGUAAGAGAAAAAAUUCUGGAUGUCCCUGACUUAGAAGGGGCAGAUGCACAUCGCUGGGAGAGAUAUUUGGUGCAUUAUUUGGAUAAAUAUAAGCAAAAUAAAGAUAAGAAAAAAGGGGAGGUGGAGGAGAUUCAGGAACAGUUGGUUAAGUUUAAUUGGGGAGAAGCGAGACAGAAGGCAGAGGAAACGAAAAAAGCGAAGAAAUUAACUGAUUUAUCUAAGGUGAUGGUAGCUCAAGACUGCCCACCUGAGCUUAAUAUACCUGAAUUUAACCCAAAUAUCUAUCCAAUGAAUCCCUGGACACAGUAUGGGGGUUAGCAGAGUGCA